CACAUUACGUAAGUAAUAUUCAUAAGCCUAGCCUAGUUCUGCGCACGCGCAGUCUGAGCUCCAGCUUCAAAACAAUGGCGGAAGACGGUUUGAUCAUAACAGAGCAGUGGAUCAGAGAUAAACUCAGCCUUCAGAACACCUGUUUAGCGGAUGUCCGAUCGGUGACUCUUCCAGGAACAUACGAAGGGAAGAUCUGUAGUUUAGGUACUUCACUGAAGAACUUCGUGCGUCUGAAAUCACUGGAUCUUUCCCAUAAUGCACUGCUCACAGUUCAGGGGAUUGAGCAUUUGGAGAUGCUGGAGAGACUGAAUCUGUACUAUAACCGGCUGGCGUCUCUGCAGGACGUCUUUUCCCUGCACAAGCUGCAGAAUCUGAAGGAACUGGACCUGCGGCUCAACCCGGUGGUCAACAAACACCCGCUCUACCGCUUGCACCUGGUCCACGCGAUGACCAAACUCCGCAAGCUCGAUGACUGUCCAGUGCGAGACCGAGAAAGAAGGGCGGCUCUCAUGCAUUUCUCAUCAGAGCCAAAUCUAGACACUAAUCAUAAGAAACAUGCCUUGACACCAGACACAACGUGCAGGAGUAGUGAGCUCAGAAUAAAAGCGAUGCAGAAGAUGAUGAAGACGCUCUCGCUUCUCGAGGGGAAUGAGGAAGCUGUGCUUAAUGAUGUUUGUAGAAAGAGACCUGACACUCUCUCCGUCCGCUUCGAGAACGAGCGCAGCCCUCGUCUGCUGCAGAAAAAUCCUUCCGAAUCAGAAAUCAUACAUUUAAUCAAUGAGUGCGAAAGGUCGCCAAAACAAAACAAGGAGUCUGUUCCCAAGAGCUGGGAUUAUAAACAAGAGGCUCCCGCUGGAUCUCAGCGAGUCAGGUUUGAGAGCCGGAGUCUGGCUCACGCUACGGUUCGAGGAGAGAGCGUCUUUACACCACACCCUACAGAAAUGCGCUCUGAUUCACACGUUGAUUGCACAGCCCUUAAAUGGCGAAACCAGCUUCAGGACAGAGCGAAUCCAGUCCUGCAUCCUCCCAGAUUAACCCACCAGAUCACAGAAACCUCGUCAGCAUCACAGAGAAAACACAAAACACAAAAGGGUGCCUACAGGAAGCCCAUGGAACUGCUCCUCAGCGUGAUGGAGGAGCUCUGGUCGGGGAAGGAGGAGAACCAACAAAACCGGACCUUCCUCAUGAAGAUGGUUCAGAUCCUCAGCAUGAUGGAGCGAGAUGUUGUGGGAGGAGAACAGGAGAUACAAACUCUGCAAGAGAUGCUCAAAGCCUCGAAAGCACGGACUGAAUUACAGGAACAACAGCGUCGGUCUGAGACCGAAGAGCUCCAACUCCAGCUUCAGCAGGCGCAAGAGUCCAUCCAAGUGCUUAACGAACAGAUGAAGAAUGUGCUGGAGGAGAACGUGUCUUUACAGAAACAGCUGAUCAAAGCAGAAAACAAGCUGCUGUCGUCUCGGCUGAAGAAGAUCCCGAACAUGCAGGACAGAGGACAGCAGACGGUCCCUGAGGAGUUAAGUGUGAAAAGACACACAAAUCAGGAGGGGAACGGAGCGAAUGAGCCGCAGGAGAGCUACAGGUCUUUGAUUGCCAGAAAUGAGCGUUUGCUGCAGCAGCUGGAAGAGGCUCUGAUGAACUGACUGCUGCGAAUGAAUAGACAUCUAGGUUUAAUUUAAUAGAAAGCCAGUAUAUAAAGUUACACCUUAUAUGUAAAUGCCUUUUGUUUGAUAUACACUCUCUAAAGCAGUAUGGCUUGUUUAUUUCACACAUGCAUAUCUUGAAGUCGUGCAAAUUUGCUUGUUCGGUUACUUUUCAAUUCGGACAGACCUUAAACAGGAUUUCUGUGCAUCUUAAGAAGUCGUCAUUUGCCCUUAUUUACGAUUAAGGCCUUAAAAAGUCUUAAAUCAGGGCAGAAAGUCCGGCAUUAAUUGUCACAUGCUCUGCAAAGAAUUGACUAUCUUAUUUUUUCAAUACAAAUAUUUAAACAUCUUUAAACCACUUGCAAUGCAAAAAUAAAGACUUCUUAUCUUGUCA